GUCGAUGUAUUCUAUUCACAUGGGAUCACACCUUUAGGUUGAGUCCACAAUAAGAUUUUUUUAGUGUCAUUGACCAUAAGUGACAGCGAGCUGUGACAGUGUACCUUUACUCUUAUGUGUCACCAUGAUAACCUACAGGCAGACAGACAACUACCAAAGAUAUGAAUAAUAAAGACAGCUAUAACAUUAAGAGGGGUCGAUGUAAGUGCGAAGAAUGUCCUGUGUAUUGUUUCAGCAAGGACAAUUUGUGUUCCUAUUGUGGAUGCGUUCCUACAAAACACGCUAAAAUAGAAAAUGAAUCAACUGCAGGAACUUCUGUAGAAGAAUCAGAAACUUCAUCAACUGCACCAAUUCAAAUGCGUGAAGAAAUCUUUCCAGACAAUCCAAAGGAUGAAACAUUCAAAGAGGCAAUUUUUAAUGAAACUGACGAAAGCCAAAAUCCAUUCUUAAACUUACCUUUGGACAUUCAACAACACAUGAAUGACUUAGCUCUUCUUAUUCCGGAUACUUUUAAUUUGAAUAAAGAAGCAGACAUUCAACUAGGAUUAUAUUCAAAAAUGGAGAGAAAUGAGUUCAAUAAAUGCAUUCGAACCUUUGCAGAUAGAAUGAUAAAGAGUGGUUACACUUCAAAAGAAGAUGUUCUUCAAAUUUCUUUAAUGAUUUUACGAUAA